UUCUUGGAAAUAAAAUGGCCUCCCCUCAAUUGAGUGGCUAUACUAUGCAGUGUGAGUUCGUUGAGAGUGUGGUGGAUUACGAAUGCCCUCUGUGUCUGCAUGUGACCCAAGAGCCCAGCCUCACCAGCUGCUGUGGACAGCACUUCUGUCAAGCCUGCAUCCAAAAGAUACUCACUGACAACAAACCUUGCCCCUUUUGUAGGAGCGGUAGUUUCACGACACUUUUAGACAAGAAGCAACGAAGAAGAGUUCUCGAUCUCAAGGUCUACUGCGAUAAGAAAGCUGUUGGUUGUGAUUGGGUGGAUGGUUUGGGAGAGCUAGAACAACACCUCCGUGUGAAAUGCCUAUUGGUUUCUGUGGAUUGCCCAUACAACUGUGGAGAAGCUAUUGAAAGGAGAUUCCUAGGAAUACACGAGGUAUUAAAGUGCCCCAAGAGACCACACAGCUGUGACUACUGCCUGCUGGAGGGAACGUAUCAAGAUGUCCAAGAUUUCCACCUCCCAGUGUGCCCAAAGUACCCUGUGGAGUGCCCCAACGAGUGUGGAGUGGCUCCCCUAGAGAGAGGUCAACUGGAGGGGCACCUGAGAGAGUGUCCUCUGGCAAUGGUCGAGUGUGAGCUGAAGGAGCUGGGUUGUGAGGAGGUGGUCCAACGGAAGGACGCAGACAAACACAUGGACCAUGCUGCUCAGAAACACAUGAGGCUAAUGGCUAGUCACUACCUCAAAAGUCAAAGAAGGCAAGACGAAAAAAUUAUCAGGCUACAAGGAGAAUUAAACGAGGCUCGAGAGCAACACAGAAAAGAGUUGUCAGGAUUAGCAAGUAAAAUAAAAAGGCAUUCGCCUCUGCACGUUGCUGAACUGAACAUAAGAUAUAGAGAGAGGAAAUGUAAACGACGUUGGCACUUAAAUGAUACUAAUUUCGAAUUUUCUUCUACUGGAUGUAAAAUCAAACUUAAUUUGUAUUUUACUUAUAGAAGAUUUAAUAUAGAACUAACACAUGUUGAAUCUAAACAUGACGACCAGCUAGAGUGACCUAGGACAUUCGCAAUGAUUGUUCGACUACUUGAUCAGGGAGAAAAUCAAGACCACCAUGUAUUGCAGGGAGAAAAUUUGACACUGCAAAGGCAAGGAAUAAAUGACACUAUCCGAAUUCCAUACUCAACAAUCGAGAAUCCUCCAGAUGGAGUACAGUACAUCGUUGACGACCACAUUAAGAUGGAGAUUAUAGUGUCUGAGAAGUAAACUUUUUGUUAUGAUGGUAGUGAGAAUAAUUAUUUAUGCUGAUUUGACGUAUAAUAAAGUCCAUGGGCAUAAACUUAAUUGCAGUUGUGUGUUCUUCUAGCUCCUAUACAUGUACAACAAUUAAUUAUUAUGUAUUAAUGACCAUGUCUUACA